AUGACAACCCAGCGUGUUGUCCCAUCUGACCGAGAGGUCGCUCAGCUGCAGAGAGCAGAGGGUCAAACAGCGGACCUCGUCCGCCAGGCCCACGAGAGUGAUGAGGCCGAUCGAAAGUUGACAAUCCGGGAGGCCCUGGGAAAAUACAAAAAAGCCGUUUUCUGGGCUAUGUUCCUGUCGACCAGCUUGGUCAUGGAGGGCUACGACCUCGUCAUUAUAACGUCGUUCUACGGGCAAAGCCAGUUCCAAGAACGGUUCGGUGUAUAUGACCCUGCGUCAGAUAAGAAAUUGAUUCCAGCUGCAUGGCAAUCCGGCCUCUCAAACUCGGCCCUCGUUGGCCAGCUUGCAGGCCUCAUCGUCAACGCAAUCUGCCAGGACCGCUUUGGGUGUCGGCCAACUAUGAUGUUCUUUAUGGGGUGGAUGGCAGUGGCGAUAUUUAUUCCGGUCUUUGCUCCAUCGCUUCAAGUCCUGGCCUUUGGGGAGGCAUUCUGCGGUAUAUCAUGGGGCGUAUUUCAGACCCUAUCGACUACGUAUGCGUCCGAAGUCGUGCCUACUAUUCUCAGACCAUACGUCACAGCGUAUGUUUGUAUGUGCUGGGGUGGUGGCAUCCUUCUCUCAUCCGGCGUUGUCCGUGCUGUGGCUGGGCUAGAGGGUGAUAUGGGCUGGCGACUUCCAUUUAUUCUGCAAUGGAUCUGGCCCAUCCCGCUACUUAUCGGGGCCUAUUUUGCGCCAGAGUCUCCCUGGAACUCCGUCCGUCGGGAUAAGCCCGACGAGGCAAGACGCAGUCUAAUGCGACUUUAUCAUAACAUGCCAGAGAGGGAACAACGAGCGGAACAGACCCUGGCGUAUAUCAAAUACACGACAGAGAUGGAAAGGUCUGAAACAGCCAAUGCAAGCUUCCUGGAGUGCUUCAAGGGAACCAAUCUGCGGAGGACUGAGAUCAAUUGCGUCGUUUGGGCCGCCCAGAUACUUUGUGGCAAUGCCAUUCUCGGCUACUCAGUGGUGUUUCUCCAAGCCGCCGGUUUCAGCGAGUUGCAAGCGUUCAAUAUCAACAUUUCACUAUCAGGCUGCUAUAUCGUUGGAGGUAUCAUUUGCUGGUUCCUCUUCCCACAUGUUGGGAGAGCGACGAUCUACAUGACCGGCUUGACUUUCAUGUUCUUCUGUCUUGUCACCAUCGGAGGUCUCUCCUGGGGUCCCGGGAAGGACGCACAGCUAGCGAUUGGAAUCAUCUUGGUUAUAUCCACACUAUGCAAUAUGAUUGCAAUCGGACCGACAUGCUACCCCAUUGUGGCGGAAACACCAUCUGGACGACUGAGGUACAAGACAAUCACUAUCGGGCGGUUCGUAUACAAUCUGACCAGCAUAUUCUCCAACUCCGUCACGCCUCGCAUGCUUUCAUCUACAUCGUGGAAUUGGGGAGCCAAGGCGGCCUUCUUCUACGCGGGCACCAAUUUACUCUGCAAUAUAUGGUGUUGGUUCCGACUGCCCGAAACUAAGGACCGGACCUUUGGAGAAAUCGACUUGCUCUUUACUCAUCGUGUACCGGCAAGGAAGUUCAAGUCUACUCAUGUUGACCAAUUCGCGCAUGGCGGAGACUACUUAUCCAAGGAGGAAGUUGAGCACCGGGAGAAUGUGGAGUGA